AUGUCUCGACGGAAGAUGCCGAGGGGAACGUGGACCCUGGGAUUGAUCUUGUUGCUCUUUGCUCACGUCGCCUGUUUGAAUGUUAAGUUCCUGCAAGACAAUUCGAUGACCACUGCGAAUUAUGGUACCACGAAUUCGAGCCGAAAUCGAAAGAGCAAGUUCUUGUUCGACGAAUUGUUUGGCCUUGACAUUAGUGGCGCCCUGGACGAUGAUGAGGGGGUGACAAGGAACUGCACGUGUGAAUGCGGUGUGUCCAAUCAGGAGGAUCGAAUCGUCGGCGGGCGACCAACAACCCCGAACAAAUACCCCUGGGUGGCGAGGCUCGUGUACGAGGGUCGAUUCCAUUGCGGAGCCAGCCUCGUUAACAAUGAUUACGUUCUUACUGCUGCUCACUGUGUACGUAGGUUAAAGCGGUCAAAGAUCCGUGUAGUACUGGGUGAUUACGAUCAACACGUAAACACCGACGGACGAGCCAUAAUGAGAGCAGUAAGCGCCAUAAUUCGUCACAGAAAUUUCGACAUGAAUUCGUACAACCAUGACGUUGCGUUGUUGAAGCUUCGAAAAUCUGUGAAAUUUACCAAAACUAUCAAACCAGUAUGUCUGCCUCGAACAGGUAGCGACCCAGCUGGUAAAGAAGGCACCGUGGUUGGCUGGGGUCGGACGUCAGAAGGAGGUACGCUGGCUGGACAAGUGCACGAGGUGCAAGUGCCGAUAUUAAGUCUGAUACAGUGCCGUAAGAUGAAAUAUCGAGCUAAUCGAAUCACGGACAACAUGCUUUGCGCUGGUCGGGGCAGUCAAGAUUCUUGUCAGGGUGACAGCGGCGGUCCUCUUCUUGUGCAGGAAGGCGACAGGCACGAAAUAGUUGGUAUAGUUUCUUGGGGUGUUGGUUGUGGAAGACCGGGAUACCCUGGAGUGUACACAAGAGUAACUAGGUAUCUAAACUGGAUCAAUACGAACAUGAAAGAAGGAUGUAUAUGUGCAAAUUAA